CUCCGGCCCUGCCCUCCCCGCCCGGCCGGGAUGACUAAUCCGGCGUGUGGGCCGGCUGAGGGGCCGCCGCCGCCCGCUCAGAUGAGGUAACUGAGGCACAGAGAAGUCAAGCGACUUGCCCAAAGUCUCACAGCCAGCCACGCUGCCAUCAGGGUCUCUCCAAGGCACCCCGCAGUCAGAUCGGGUCGAGCGGACGGGAGCGCCCAGGGAGGAGGGCCGGGCCGGGCAGGAAGCCCCCGACGCCAAGCUGCUGAGCACAGCCAGACGUCGGAAGAGGCCGCUGUCUCCCGGUGGACCCAGCCUGCCGCCCCGCCAUGCAGGAGGAGCAGCCCCGGGUGGCUUCCGGGGAACCGGCCCCCGAGGCGCCGGAAGAUGGUCCGAAAGAAGCUCCCGACGAGUCACAGAACCUCUCGGAUGCAGACGCUCUUAAGAUCCUCCUGGAAAUGAAGAUGAAAAAGAGACAGAAACAACCCAGUCUGCCGGGCACGGUGACGGAGCUGGUGACCGAAGAGGGGAGCAAAGUGUACGUGGUGGGCACGGCCCACUUCAGCGACGACAGCAAGCGGGAUGUGGUGAAGACCAUCCAGGAGGUGCAGCCGGACGUGGUGGUGGUGGAGCUCUGCCAGUACCGGGUGUCCAUGCUGAAGAUGGACGAGAAGACCCUGCUCAAGGAAGCCAAGGAGAUCAACCUGGAGAAGCUGCAGCAGGCCAUCAAGCAGAACGGGGUGAUGUCUGGACUGAUGCAGAUGCUGCUGCUGAAGGUGUCGGCUCACAUCACGGAGCAGCUGGGCAUGGCCCCCGGAGGGGAGUUCCGGGAGGCUUUCAAAGAGGCCAGCAAAGUCCCUUUCUGCAAGUUCCACCUUGGAGACAGGCCCAUCCCGGUGACCUUUAAGAGGGCCAUCGCGGCCCUCUCCUUCUGGCAGAAAGUCAAGCUGGCGUGGGGGCUGUGCUUCCUGUCGGACCCCAUCAGCAAAGACGACGUGGAGAGGUGCAAGCAGAAGGACCUGCUGGAGCAGAUGAUGGCGGAGAUGAUCGGCGAGUUCCCGGACCUGCACCGCACCAUCGUCUCCGAGCGGGACGUCUACCUGACCUACAUGCUCAAGCAGGCGGCCAAGCGGCUCGAGCUCCCCCGGGCCUCCCAAGCGGAGCCCAGGAAGUGCGUCCCGUCCGUGGUGGUGGGCGUGGUGGGGAUGGGCCACGUGCCAGGCAUCGAGAAGAACUGGAGCCUGGACCUGAACAUCCAAGAGAUCAUGAGCGUCCCUCCGCCUUCUAUAUCCAGCAGAGUCUCCAGGUUGGUCGUGAAGGUCGCCUUCUUCGGCCUGGUGGGCUACGGCUUCUACCGGAUGGGCAAGCGGACAGUGAACUUGAUCCUCUCCCUGCCGAGCACACAGCACUGCCUCCGGAGGCUGACGGAGAUGAGGCCUCAGAACCCCGAGGGGGACUUGAGUUCUCAUUAGGUCAGCCCCAGAGUCUGUCCAGCCCAAGACUCCUGGCUCCAACGGCGGUCCCGGGGGCUUGGAGGAACCAGCUGCCGGUCGCCCUCCCGGACGCCCACCCCCCUUAGAGUCAGAGACGGACCCGCCGACACCCCCGAUUCUCCCCUCCCCGUCCCCGACUCUCCCUCCGGAGGCCCAGCCCGGACCACCCGACGCCCCGGACUCUCCCCCAGCGCCCCAGACCGAACCGCUCGUCCGUGGAUUCUUCCAAACUCUUCUCGGGAUCUGCUCUUGGGGCCCGGAGCGGUCCGGCCAGGCGCCGGGCCCCGGCCCUAUGCCGUUUCGACGGUCCACCGUCCGACCGUCCCCGCCGUCUCUCCCCUCCCUCCCCGCGGAUGACGGAGAACCGGCCGAGUCUCCCGUGACGUUCCGCCGCCGUCGGGCUGCUAUGCAAUCAUGUGUGUUUCGUCCCCGUCUCCUCAGCUUUAAUAGAUUUUUCCCUAGGCGGGGGCCGCCCCUCCCCCAGAGGAUAACCCUCCGUUUCCGAAAGCCCACGGAGACUUCGUUCCCCGUGGCCCUUGGGCCGCGGCUUCAUUUAGCCGUCGAGCAUCGUGGGCUCAAGUCUUUAUUCGUGUCCCCCCGCCCUGCAUCCCCCUCCCGCCGUCCUGCAGGCCUGCCCGUCGGGGCCCCCCCUCCCCUCCCCUCCCCAGCCGGUCGGAGCAGGCCGCCCGCCGCCGGCAGCGCCCGGGGACUCGACGGUCGGGAAUCCCAAGGUGGCCCGGCCCGGUCUAGGGCGCCCGGGGCGGGAGAGCUGAGGAGGGGCUGCAAGGGCCGGUUUCUGGGGUCCCCCAAGUCUGCAGGGGCCCGUGUCCAAACGGGCGGGUCUCUGGCCCUCCCGGGUCUGCAGGCUCCGACUCCCCCAGACCAGGACGGGGCGAGGGGCCCGUCUGAGCAUCGAGCGGGGAGGCGUCGGACCCCGUCCGGCCGUCGGAAGGGUGUCGCGGGCCUGGGUGAUGGGACCGAGCCGGAUGCGAGGGGCGGGGAGGGGGCGUGUCCCCGUCCCGUCCAGGGCCUCCUGGCUUCUUCCGGGGCCCCCCCCGACCGUGCCCGGGGUGGAGCCGGCCCAAUCUGCAGAGGGGGCGGGAUCCUCAGGGGGCCGGGG